AUGCACCUGGACAAGGAAAUGUUGAAAGCCUAUAGGACUUUUGAGUCUCUGGAAAACAACCUAACACAGGAGGAAAUUUGGGAGAACCAAGUGCUAUACAAACAGGCAAUGAAUGGUGACAACGCAACACCUCAGCCUAGAGACCAGGAUGUCCAGGGAAGGGCUCGCUGGGACAUAUGGAAUUCAAAGAAGGGAAUGCCAAAGGAAGAGGCAAGAGAAACAUUUUUAAGCAACGUUAAAUCGAUUGAGGCGAAGUAUAGUGAACGUGCGUAA